UGUCCGAGAAUAGGCUUAGAUAAUCUCCAGCCUACUGAGAUAUGCCGGUCCUCAUACACCACUGCAAACCGCAAAAGAGAUCCAAAACAACCCAUUCACCAUGGAUCUUUUAUCUACUAUACGCAAAUCUGGUUCUCGUGGAGGUGUGAACUUUAGUUGGGAGGAAGUUCAAAGUUCUCAAGUAAGACCUGGAGCAAUCACUCAGCAAUUCAAUUGACGUCAUUUCAUUAACAUAGCAUCUACACAGCACCGAGAAAAUUAUCUUGGCCACUCUCUUAUGGCCCCAGUUGGUCGUUGGCAAAAAGGAAAAGAUUUAAAUUGGUACGCGAAAGGAGAUGCCAGCACGACCGGCAGCGAAACCGCAGAGGAGAAACAGGCGCGGGAAAGGAAGGAAGAGAUUCGAAAAAUAAAAGAGGCCGAGGAAGAUGCGAUCGCAAGAGCUUUAGGAUUACCGGUCGCGCAACGAGGUGAAGCUACAGGAGCGAAUAAUGUGGAAGUUGGGGAAUUGAAAAGAGUUAUUAAGGAAUCUGAAGAGGGAAAUGAUGAUGUUGAAGGGAUGGGAAAGGGCACCGGAUUCGGCGAUUUUGUGGGCAAUACAGAUGGACAAGAGAUGCUGCAGGUACAGUCGGAGCCUUUAGAGCAGAGGAGUGGACUAUUGAGGAAUGAUCGUAAUGAUGAAAGAUUGAGAGAAGCUGGAGGGAAUAGGGUUGGGAGAUCAAAAGAUAAAGAUAGGCGAAGACGCAGAAGCCGAAGUAGGGACCAUGAGAGGGAACGCAGACACAGAAAUUAUCGACAUCGAUCAAGAAGCGGAGAUAGGGAACAUCAUAGGCGCCGACGUGAUGAUAGCCCUCGAAGAAGGGAAAGAAGUCGAAGUCCGGAAGUGCGACACCGCAGAUAUCGCAGUAGAAGUCCGGAUCGAAGAAAUCGGUCAAGGAAGGAAGAUGGAGAUUUUAAAAACACCGGCCAACGAGAUCGAUUACCUCGAAGAAGUCGCUCACCUGAGAUACGCGGCCGAGAAGAAAGAAUGCCGGAGAGAAGGCGUUAAUUCACUGCAUUUGCUUGCACAUAGGGGGUUAUUGGAAUGGCGUUGCGUGUAUAAAAGUAUACCCAUGGUUGUAUUAGCCUCUUGAAGUACUCAUCAUCUCUGAGGGGAUGAAUGAUACAAAAUUGUUUCGAAUAUUUCGCAGUACUUGAAUUGUACUUAUGAGCAGGUACUCGUGCUGCCAAAGAGUACAAAACUUCAAACACUAAAUACCUAGGUAUCAAGCCAGAAAAGGAAAGCUUGAAAAUAAAGUAUUUUGACUAAUAAAAUGAAUUACUCCUCUUUCUUUCUGGUAAGAGCAUCAUUUAUCAGGUUGAUCGGGUUUAUCAGUUACGGCCGAUGAUUACAUAUGCAGCCUUAGUAUCUUCCUGCAGGUACCUUUU